GGAAAGCGCCCCGCCUCUACAGAGCCAGGGAUGCAAAUAGCACCUCUCAAGCUAUCAUUUUACACUUGAUCCUUUGGGCAAAGAGGUGCAGUCAUCAGAUCACAACAGGCUGUUUACAAUGAAAACCAGCAAGCCACCGUCAGCUGAGGAGGAGCACCGGCAUUAACAUUCAAUUGGAUCAGUCAACCGGCUAUUGCCACUAUCACUGCUACAGCCAUGCCCAUUGCAGAUCUUUUGGGAGUCCAGUUCGACAUGCAGCUGCUGUUGAAACUUAGUGUCUCCGUUGCCGCAGUAGUGCUGGCUUCCUGGGCAUACAGGUUCUACAGCUCCAGGCACGUGAGGAGGCUUCAGCUCGGUGGCAAAGACAACAAAGAGGCACAAAAAUCAACCUGCCAAAACUGCAAGACGGCACUACAACAUCAAAGCUCUCCAAAACAUGACACGGAUGAUGGGAACAAGCGACCCUUGCAUGCAGACUCAAAUGCUGAGGACUUGACAUCUGACAGCACCAAGGAAACGCCAGCACAAGCUCAUCCACACCAACUUGAAAAGAGUGAGGAUGCAUUUAGUAUGUCAAAUACUGACCAAGAUAUCAGCAUGAAAGGAGAGAUACUCACUCAUCAGAUGCAGGCACAGGUUGCCACCAGUAAUAUUUCAUUUGGAUCUGCUUUGAACCUUCCUGAUCCGACAGAGAGUGGGAUGGCCAGUUCAACGGGGCGCCGCUCCCCUUGUUUUUUGCAGAAGCUGGAGGGCUGUGUGGGUGUGGGCAGGGAGUUAAGGCAGGACUUGGAGCGCCAGGGGGCCUACUCGAGCUUUCUCUCCAAGGCAGAGAUCAAAGUGGAGGAUGCUACCGUGGUGCUAGAAGGAACAGGAGACCAGAUUGUGCGUGGAAAGAUAUACGAUUACUAUGUUGAGUCCUCUUCUCACUCUGUUACAAAUUCAAACAGUGCACUGGGUCAGUAUGAGAGGCACUCUGAGUCACAGCCAGUGGAGUUUGGAAGCCGCAGUAGAAACCGCACAGACUCUCCCACCUCUUUAAGCCCCAUCAUUAUGCGUGAUCUGGUUUUACCACAAAGCACUGUUGAGGAUGCCUCCUCGAUAGGAAGCUUCAAGCAGAGGCACCCCGCAAGGCCUGUACUCCUACGCAAGGAGAGCUAUCUGUCUGCAGCAGAGGAAUCUGAACUUCCCAUCCCCUUUCUAACUUCAAGAGCCGCAACUCCAAUGACUCACUCCGUGGCCUCAACCGGUGAUGAGUGUAUCUCUGUACACUCUAAGAGUCCCUCUUCAGACAGUAAAGGGCACACAGCAGGGGAGGGGCCUGAUUUAGAGACUGUAGCAGGGGCUCCCUUUUUACACCUUCCAAACAUUCUUGUUGGCAAAGAUUUGGAAUUCAUAAAGAGUAAGCUUGAUUUAGGUAACUGUUUGGAGACACUAUACCUGGCCAAAAAACAUGGCCAGAUGUCUACCCAGAAAGCGGCCCUGGGGUUCAUGUCAGACAACUACCUACAAGUGCUCAGGGACUCCAACCUUUAUGGACGGCUGAUGGCUGGUGAGCGGCAUGAAAUCCGGAUGCAGAGAAUGAAGGGGAGAGGGUUCGUCAUGGUCGCAGACAUGGACCCUCAAGACUGGGUGCAAGACACAGAAGAACAGACAGCGACAAAAAAACAGAGGAAGAUGUCUAGUGCAAUAUACUAUUAUGAUGACUACAAAGACGUCUGGCAUACACUCUGCCUGGUUCCACAGGAGGUCGUCUCUAAAGCCUGUGCCAUGUGCACAAUGGAUAACUACUUAUUUGUGGCAGUGGGCUGCCAAGGCAGAGAAAUGAUACCCUCAAAGCGAGUGUUUUGCUACAAUCCUUUGACUUCCAUUUGGAAAGAGAUCAGUCCUAUGAAUGAAGCCAGGCCCCGCUGCAAACUGGCAGCACUGGAGGGCUUCAUCUACGCCAUCGGAGGGGAGUGCCUCUCCACUGUGGAGCGCUACGACCCGCGACUGGACAGAUGGACAUUUGUGGCUCCGUUGCCUAAUGAUACAUUUGCUGUAGCACAUCAUGUCACAGUGUGCAGUGGGGAGCUUUUUGUUUCUGGGGGUACUUUUAGAUAUAUGCUACUACGCUACAACCCCAGAACCAACACUUGGAAGCCAAGCCUCUUAGUAAGCGGCAAAGACAGAACUGCAGAUAUGGUGGCUGUCGGGAGAUUCCUGUAUCGCUUUGACGUCAACCCACUGCUGGGUGUCAGUGUGUAUCGCUACCAUACAGUAGCUCGACUGUGGUACGAGUGCAGCUCCAGACGCCUGCUACGCUGCCCUGCCUUUCAGUGUGUCACAAAGGAUGGCACAAUCUAUUGUGUCAGCCGUCAGUUCACCGUGAAGUUCGAGGCUGAUGAGAUCUCUCCUGCUUUCACAGAUGAGGACUUGAGUGUCCUGUCUGCAGCCAGGGGCAUACUUUUCCCAUUUGUCCUUUCACUACCUGAUAAGAAGCCUCGGCAGACGAGUGUGUAA